AUGGAAGGGGUCAAGGACAUGCGAACGCAAGUUGUGCCACCCUUGCCGGAAAUACUGACAAACCUGGACAAAACGCCGGAGUUCUUCGAGGAUCCUGAUCCCGUGCAGCACUCCGAUGUGUUCCCUUCGUUCAGUGGUCUGAGGCCGCUGAUGUUGCGGCGAAGAGGCGAUGCCAGUGUCCAGGCUGCACCACCACAAAGUGGCGACGCGGCCUCUGGCAGUGCACCGUCAAAGCCACGGGCGCUUCGAGUCGGUGUCAUCCUAGCUGGCGAGCAGUCGUGCUUGCCAUCCUAUCCCACAAACGUCAUAGCAGGCCUUUUUCGCGGACUCAAGGCACUUUCGCCAGGAGCCAGAUUGGUGGGCUUUGUGAAUGGUCCACGUGGCUUUCUAGAGGGCAAGUUCAAAGAGAUCACCGAGAACCAGGUCAAGAAGGACAUGAACCAGGGAUCAUGGCGGCUGCUGGGCCAUGGCAGCUGCCGAGAUGGCAGCUAUUCAAAAGAGAACCGAAUGGAGGAAGCCCAGAUAGCAGCAGAGGUUUGCAACGAGUUACGCCUCGAUGCACUUGUGAUAGUCGCCGGCCCAAAGGACCUCUCGUGGGCGGCGACCUUGGCGACCGCCUUCACGGAGGAGGAGCUCUGCAGAACAAAAGUCAUCGGCGUGCCGCACAGCAAGAAUUUGAAUUUGUACGUCAAAAGGUACAUGCCACUGACGCUCGGGUUCGACACUGCGCGGCGUUUGCUCAGCGAGGUCGCAGGGAACAUCUUCGUCGACGCCCUCAGUUCAAACAAGUACUGGCACUUCAUCCGCUGCGGGGAGGACGCCCUCACUGUCGAAGUGGCGCUCCAAACUCGCAGCAAUUUCUCUGUCCUCACAAUGGGACGGCAAGCUCACCACAUUUCUGAUCAGAAGGAGACUCUGAUGCAAACUGUCACCAAUAUCUGCGAGGUCGUCCAGUCCAGAAGACGGUCUGGCAGACACUCCGGUGUGGUGUUGAUCAGUCGCCAGCUCAUUGAAACGUUGCCGGAGAUGGACCAGCUCAAGGCAGAAAUCGCUGCAAUUGUCAAGACUGAGGCUGCGGACAAGAACCGGCAGCCUUUUCCAACCGAGGUGGACUCGCGCUUAAAGUCAGAUGCCACCAAAGCGCUAUUCAAGCGUCUGCCCCGCUUUGUACAGAUGAACAUGAUUCGCAGUCGCGACGCAUCUGGACUACCAAUCCUUCCCAAAGACCUGGAAGCUGAACGCAUUCUCGGCCGCUUUGUCCAGCAGGAACUUCGCCUCAAGCCUCCUAUCAAGAAGGUAAAGGCCACUUUCGCGCCGCGCUUUCAUGCCAUGGACUUGAUGACUAGUUCGCCUCUGCCGCAGUCCGAGCAUUGUGUGCGUUGUCAGCUUGGCCUGGCCAACUUUGAAGUAGCUUCAACACAUUUCAGUACGGGCAUGCGUGGCAUGCUCGCUGCAUGA